ACAAACCGUAGCUUAAACGAGUCUUCCUCUAUUUUCUUCCUUGUAAAAUUAUCUCUGUGUGUUUCCAAAUCCAAUAACUUGGAAAAACUGUUUGAAAAAGAAAGCCAUUCUUUCAAAUUUUCAGCUCCACCCGCACCUAACCACUGGAGCUGAAUCGCACUCACUCACUCUUCUUCUUCAAAUGCCUAAUUGCCAAAUCACCGCUGCGUGACUUUAACAUUGUUUCUCCCUUUUUCAUGGACAACAAUGUAAUCCUUUUCACUGACCCUCAAGAAUCCGUUACCGCUGAUGACGAUGAUCAAGGCGAAGGACGCGGACCCAGCAUUGCGGAGAGGAGGGCGGCGACGUGCGGCUUCAAGGCGGAGAUGAUAUGUACGCCCACGUUCAAGAGCCCACUGGGUCCCACAUCUCCUCGUUUGCCUUACUUCACUAUUUCUCCUGGGAUCAGCCCUACUGCUUUGUUGGAUUCUCCUAUAAUGCUGCCAAAUGCUCAGGCAUCUCCCACGACUGGAACAUUUCACAAUCAUGAUGAUACGGUGGUGAAUCAUAUCAAGGGGGAUAGAGACAGAAGUUUAGUUUCUUCUUUGACAUGCAAGACACAAAAUAUGGAUUCUCGGCCAAGCUUGUCUAGUGUAGAAGAUCAGGUUUCUUCCGCUUUCAAUCUCGUUCAAAAUGCUGAGGUUGAUCCUCAACCUCUUUCCCAUUUGGAUAGACCUUUAGAUUUGAAAAUUCCCUCAUCUUUGUCAAAAGAAGCUACCUCAAGAAGUUUUGCAGCAGAUUCAGUUGCUGAUGUCGGAAUUUUAAAUGACAUUGUAAAUGAUAAUGCUAAUUUGGGAUUCCAUCCUUCUGAGUUGGGUAGUGGUCAAACAUUGAGGCAGAAAGAAUCUCUUAAUGGACAAGAUGUCUGCACACGUCUUUUGGAAGGUGAUCAGAAGGUUACAAACACUGCUAUGGGAACAACAAGAACAUCAGAAGAUGGGUACAAUUGGAGGAAGUAUGGACAGAAACAGGUAAAAGGUAGUGAAUAUCCGCGAAGCUAUUAUAAAUGUACCCAUCCAAACUGUCAGGUGAAGAAGAAGGUAGAGCGUUCGCUUGAUGGCCAAAUUACUGAAAUCAUCUACAAGGGUGCCCAUAAUCACUCAAAGCCUCAGCCUUGUCGUCGGCCAUCACUUGGGUCCACUUUAUCAUCUGAGGAAAUGUCAGAGAGUGUGGAAGGAAAUGGAACUUCUGUCAAAGUUGGAGGUGGUUUAAUUUGGAGAAAUUCUCAAGCUGGUUCAAAGGAAAUUAAGCUUGGAUCUGAUUGGAGAGCUGAUGGUCUGGAAAGAACAUCAUCAUCUAUUGUAACUGAUCUUUCUGAUCCACUAUCAACUGCCCAAGGGAAAUCUGUUGGUAUGUUUGAAUCAGCUGAAACUCCAGAGUUUUCAUCAACACUUGCUAGUCAUGAUGAUGAGAAUGAUGAUAGGGCUACACAGGGAAGUAUAUCACUCUGUGGUGAUGCAGCUAAUGAUGAUGAGUCCGAAUCAAAAAGAAGGAAGACAGAGAGCUGCAUGACUGAGAUGAAUGUGGCAUCUAGUGCUUCCCGUGAACCAAGAGUAGUUGUACAAAUAGAAAGUGAUGUGGACAUACUCGAUGAUGGCUAUCGUUGGAGGAAGUAUGGACAGAAGGUUGUCAAAGGAAACCCUAACCCUAGGAGCUACUAUAAGUGCACAAGUCCUGGAUGUCCUGUGAGAAAGCAUGUGGAAAGAGCUUCCCAUAAUCUUAAAUAUGUGCUCACCACAUACGAUGGAAAGCACAACCAUGAAGUUCCAGCAGCUAGAAACAGCAGUCAUGUUAACUCUAGCGGUUGUAAUUUGCCCCCUACUAUGCCCAACACUCAAGCUGCCCUUUCAUUAUCUAGAAAUACCCAUCCUCUAAAGCCUGAAACACCAAUCCAGGAUUUUGCUCCGCCUUUUGAUCGAAAGCCUGAAUUUAAAAGUGAAUAUGUGAGACCUGGUUUUCUUGGGGAUUUCAGCAACGAGAUGAAGCUUGGGGAGGCUGCUCUGGCUUCUGUUUACCAAAUGAAGUUUCCUUCCAUACAAAAAGCAAUUCCUUAUGGGUCUUUUGGACUGAACCCCAACUGCAUUGCAUCUCAUUCAUCCAGUUCAAUUGCCUCAACCAUUCCGAAUUUUCCAAUUUCUUUGCCUUUGAAUCUCCCAACACCUGCAAAUCUAUCAUUGGCUGGUUUUGAUAUGAAUAAUGUUGGAAAAUCAACAGGUCCGAUUCAUUCUUUCCUUCCAGGGCAACAGUUAAAAGAGAAUGGUGUGAGGUUCCAUGGGAUUAAACAGGAGCUAAAGGAUGAUAACCUUUAUGAUCCUUCCCUUCCUAUUGUUGACCAUGCAAGUGUGUCGUCCUCAUCAGUCUAUCAGUACGCCAUUGGAAAAUUUCCAUCCUAGAUCGUGUUUAUUUGCCUUUUAGCAGAGUUUGUAAGACAUUGUUUCUACUUGAGUUUCUCCAACAUUGAAGCAGGUAUGGAAUCAGUUAUCAAAUUCGCGUACCUCUUUAGCCGGAGAAAAUAAUGACAAGGAAGAAGCUGGUGGUAAAAUGAUAACAAGAGCAAAUGCUCUGUAGCUACAGGGACUUUCUGGCAAAGCAAAGAAGCUGAAAGCAUGCAUGGCUGUGAGUGGUGUGUAGCUUCCCCAGAUUUUUUCCUUCCAUUUUGGUAAUUGGACAUUAUAACAUUACAAUAAAAGUUCCAAUGGUUUAAUUGAAUCAAAUAAUAGUAGGAUAGCUGUCAACAAAGUCACUGGUUCAGUAGUAAAAUGUUUUAAGUUGCUUUGAAAUCUUGGUUGACAUGAGAUCACCCAAUCCCUUUCCCUCAUAAGAAAAAGAAAGAAAGAGUAGGAUAGAUGAGAUGCACAUUCUGGAAAUGUUCAAUGGUGGAAUUCGUAUUUAAUGCAGAAUGCAAUUUGAUUCCAUGUUUUGACUUUCCUGAGCACCUAUACCAAUACCUAUAUAUAAAAGGAAUGGGACAAGUAGCUCAUCCAGACCAUCUUUUGUCUUUUUUUACAUUUUAUAAAAAUGGUUACAUUUUAGUUCUGAUUUUUUUUAA